AUAUGUUUUUUUCACAAUUUGUCCGGCAAACGAUGUCCACAGUAAAGCCAUAAAAAUGAUCAUACAAUCAUCAGUGGUCGAAAUCCGUAACAAGAGUUUACCUUUACUGCCACAAAAUCUAUAAGGAAGUAGUUUAACUACGUUUAAAUAGUCACCCCAGUUUGUAACCUACCCCACAGAAGUUCCUAAAGAUCUACGAAUAUAUGAAGUAAGAAGUUAGUAUAUAUUUUUAACUACCCUCUAUUAAAAAGUAUAACAACAGUGCGAAUUAUUUUUAGUACACGGAUUGCACAAUCGGGGUAUGUGUUAACUGUAAUAUACGGUGUUAAGAAUACUUUAUUUACUAUUAGAAGAAAACGCAACUAGUGAAAAAACGUACGUCUACUUUUACGUUACUUACAUUUUCUUGCAGAAAAUGAAAAUGGAGCCAUGUAUGGGCGAAAAUUGAUGUUCACAUGAUGCGAAAAUUAAACAGGAAUAUAAAGACAUCAUUAACACCGUGGGAUACUCAAAUAAUUAAAAGCAUUGACGCAAUGACCUCAAAGAGAUAUUUUUCAACAUAUCAAAGUUCUAAUAUUGUUAUUGAUCCUAACAAGUCUUUACUCUAUUCACCAAUUGCGAAGAAAAUUAAAAUGCAGAGUAAAAAACCGGACACAAAUUUACGAAAUUUACAAGAUAAUCAAAUGCAAAAAACUUUUAGACAGAUGGAUCCCAGUCGUAUCAAAAAAGAAAAUGAAGAUAAUUUAAACAAACCAAUUAAAAGUGAAAUCUGCAUUAAAAAUACUGCAUUAUGUAAAAUUCCUAAUAAAUCCAAUACAAUUUUGACGGAAGAAAACAUUACUGCUCAAAUUAAACUUGAAGAUAACUACGAAACAGAUAAUAGCCAGACAGAAAAUGUAUUAUCUGUGGUUACUUCAGGAGGAAAAAUAAAUAGUAAUGGUUCCAAAAAAAUAAAUGUAAACUGUGAAAAACAAAAUUCCAAAAACAAUAAUUUCAAUAACUGCCUUCUACCAUCUACAAUUAAAACUGAACUAAACAAUAACUUUGAUAGUAAUAUGACUACAUUUAACAAAAAAAUGAAUUGUUCAAAUGAGCAACUACCAAAAUUGACAUAUAGUGAAGAUAACAAAAUAACUACUAAAAAUGUAGAGAAUACAGAUAGAAAUAAAGGUAAAAAUACAUUUCAACACAAAAUUAAAGUAACCAAAGAGGAAACUAGACCUAAACAAUUUAAAGAAGCAACUAAAAAAAAUAGAGUACAAGUAAAUCGAAAAUACGCCACAAAGGUAGCAAAACAUAAAAAUGAACAGCCCAAAAAAAUUAAAAUAACUAUUAAUAUUACAUACAAUAAUUUGAACAGCAAAAAGAAUCAAACAUCAACUAAUACAAAUGUUGAUGGAGAUUUAAGUUUUCUCGACGAUUUUGACGUAGACGAAGUGGUAGAAAGUUUAUUCAAUAGUAAGGAACAAAAUAAUCCUAUUAUUAAAACUAAUAUUAAUAUUGAAGAAGAGAUAACCGAAAAUUCGAAGAAACGAAAAACAUCGAAUACAAAUAACAAAGAGAGUACAAAGCAAACGACAAGGGUUGAUAAUAAGACUGAAGAAACCAAAAAAGCAAAUAUUGAAAAGGAAAAAUCACAAGCAAAUAUAACAACAAACAAUAAUAGAGGAAAAAAUGAUAAUCGUGAAAUAGAUUGUAGUAUUAUUGCUAAAAAAACUGAAAGUAAAAUAAUUAGUACAGACUCCAAAAAAGAUUUACAAGAAAUUAAAAAGGAGGUUUGUUCGAAAGAAGUUAAAUCUCUAGAUACAGGGCAUAAUAUAAAUAAGAAACAUAACAAUAGUUUAGGUAUAUUAAAUAAGUUUGUAACAAAAUCUGAUAUAGACUUAGCUCGUAACUUAGAAAUGAAGAUGUACGAUACUUUGAAAGAAAAAUAUUCUGUACUCGCUGUGACAUAUUAUGGAAAGUUUUCAAAAAUAUUUAAAUGUAUUGAUACAUCUGGACAUUAUUAUGCUGUGAAAAUACUAGAUAAUCCAGCUACAAAUUUAAAAGGAAAGAAGAAAGACAACAUUCUAUUGGAAUUAAAAAAAGAUAUUCCCGAAGAAAAUUUACACUGCAUACAUUUGUUGCACAGUUUUAAAAUAGAUAAGCACAUUUGUCAUAUGACCAAUUACUAUCCGAUUAACCUUGAACAAGUUUUGACUGACAAAAAGUUUCGCAUAGAAGAAAUACAAUUUUUAGCUAAACAAUUAGUUGAAGCCGUUACUGUAUUAAGAAGCAAAAAUAUAGUUCACCAUGAUAUAAAACCAAGUCAUAUACUUCUAGACAAUAAAGCCCAGAAGCUUACAUUAUGCGGCUUUGAUGAAGCAAUUAUAUAUAUUUAUUCAGAUAAUCUGAAAACUAAUAUUGGAACUAUAAAUUAUGCAUCACCCGAGAAAAUAUUAGGUUAUUCUUAUGGCUUUCCAGUCGACAUUUGGUCUACAGCGUUGGUGAUUUAUGAAAUGGCAACAAAUACUAUGCUAUUCACGGGAACAACAGAUAAUGAAGUUUUGUUCCAACAAAUGAGUGUUUUAGGUGAUAUACCUGAGAAAAUUAUUAAGGAAUCUAGAUUUAAAAAUGCACAUUUCUGUGGAACAACAUUUAUCAAGAAGGGUCUGAAUCAGGAUCCUGACGUUAGGAUAAAUAAUUUCGUGAAAAAUAAUAACAUUUACUCGGCAAUAAUCGCUGCACAAUAUGCACGUGAAGAUAUUGUUGGACGUGAAAAGAGAAAUAUAGAUAUUAAAUUACAAUCAUUGAUUAGGUUAUUAGGAAAAAUGUUGACAAUAGAUCCAAGAAAACGAUUAACAAUCGAAUAUGUUUAUGCUGAUAAUUUUUUCUUCAGAAAAACAAAUUGAAAUCC